AUAAAAUAACCGCAUCAAUUGGGCGCCUUCUCUAAUAACACAUUUCCCUUCGUUUUGCUUCCGCGACAAGAACUGUGGUCACCACCCGCUUUUAUUUCACAAUUGUAUUUUUUAGAAUAAGCGACAGUCUCUUUGGGCGUGCCUUGGUGGCAGUUUGCCACUUUCUUAACGUAGUUCCGAACGAAGGGUGAGGUUGGUGUGGUCUGUUUCCCCUGCUAGCUUGCUGCUAGCUCCGCUUUUUAGCAACAAUAUGUCCAGUCUUCCUCAGAAUAAUUUGAAGGAGCAGCUAGCGAAACACAGCAAUAUCGCCCAAAGCAGACGUUCUCUAACUAAACCUAAAUUGGGGCCAUUUUCUUUUAAAAGGAAGUCCCCUUCAGGAGUGAGAUUGACAGAAACCUCAAACAAGGUAAACAGUCCAAAUGUUUUUGCAAGCAGGAAUAUUAAUAUCCCUCAGAAAAAUUUGGUGACUCCACCUGUGGGGACGUUUUCAAACAAGUCCACGCCCUCACAAAAGUACAAAAUCAACAACUUUUUCUCAACAAGUUCCAAAUGCAAGUCAGACAUCAACCCAGGUGGCCUUCCAGUCUUUCAGAGUCCCACGUUAUUGCCAUCUUCUGGCAAAAUGUGUCCAUCUCCUCCCAAAUCUGGCACCCCAGUGAAUCUGGACACAUCACUGGGAUUAGAAAUCGAUGACUGGGAUGAUAUGGAUGACUUUGAAAUGCCGAUGAAAAAAAAGAAUAACUCAUUUAAUGGAGACUUAAGCAAGACUGAAAGUGGAUCAUUUGUAGCUGAAGGGAAAACAGAAUCUACAGAGGGGCAAUGUCGACUAAAACUAGAUGAAGCUGAAGUCAUACCUGAUCCGGUUGUAGUUGAGCCAUCUGAGACAGAAUUGGAUGAUUCUCCAAUUAAUACACCAAGAAGACGUCAUCCAGUUAAUCUCAAAUCUGUUGUUAGUGACAGUGAAGAAGAUGACAAGCCCACGACAGAAAAUAAAAAAUGGCUUGACCCAAAGUCAGUUCAGUUGAAGGACAACUCUGAGCCUGAAGAUGAUCUCGACUACAUACCACCAUCUCCAGAGAGCUCUUCCAGCAAAUCACCUGUGGAGUUAACAUCCAAGCAAUUAAAAUUUGAAAGCAAUAAUUAUUCGCAGUCCAAAGUGUCCAGCGUGAUCCCUCACCAAGCCUCCAAUGAGCGCUCAACAGACAAGACAAAUGAUCAACUCUUUAGCAUCAUGGAGUCUAUUUGUGCUUUGGUGGAUUCCAUCCCUGAACACGAGCUCAUCGCCUUGUCCUGUGGGAAUGAGCUGCUGUUAAAGAGGGCCCAAAGAAAACGGAUUCUCAUUACUGGUGGUGAUGCCUUGCUAAAGACUCAGCAGCCUGACAGCACUGUGAUAUCUGAACCUAGCUUCAAAGACAAAGCUUCCUCUGAUACAUCCAGCAGCUUUAUACCCACGCUUAAAAGGAAGACCCCUCAGAUCAGCUCUCCUGUCAUAUUUUUGGACUGUGACUCUGAUCACUCUGAUAGCCUUAUUAAAGAAAAACCAAUGCGCUGCCAGGAUGGCCAGAAAUCUGUAGUGGAAAUGGAGAGCAUCUGUGAUUCCCCAUCAAGCUCCAAAACGCAUAACAAGGUCUCCAGUGUUGAGAAAACAAUCAUGGAUGUGGGUUGUGAAGAGCUUUUCUUCUCACCCAAGAAGAAGACAGAGACUUCAACACAGCUCAAAUCCAAUCUACUGGAAAAUUUCACUGUUGCAGAAUACGUGGAGCCUGAUGAAUUUUUUUUGGACAUCGAUGACUGGAAUGACUCUGACUUCCCGGACUACUUCGAUGAACCCCAAAUUCCCGCCGAGCCGCUGAAGAGCCCCGUUCCCAGACCGAUGGCUAUAAAGGAAGGUGGGCUGAGCAAGUCCGUUUGGGAGAAGAAACCCACAGCACCUACACCUGCUCCCAAACCUGCCAAGAUCUUCUCUCCUGAACCAACCUUCCGAAACCCGGCGCACGACCGUUUCCGAGGUUUCAACUUCACCCACUCACAAGAAAUGAUGAAGAUCUUCCACAAGCGCUUUGGUCUCCAUCAGUUUCGGUUCAACCAGCUCGAAGCCAUAAAUGCCGCUGUCCUUGGGGAGGACGAGUUUGUGCUCAUGCCCACAGGUGGUGGUAAAAGUUUGUGCUACCAGCUUCCUGCCUGUCUGUCCCAGGGAGUCACUGUGGUCAUCUCGCCACUAAAAUCGCUUAUUGUGGAUCAAGUCCAGAAGCUCACUUCUCUAGAUAUUCCAGCGACGAGCCUGUCUGGUGAUAAAAGUGACGGCGAAGCAGGAAGAAUAUACAUGCAGCUUUCCAGGAAGGAUCCCAUUAUUAAACUACUAUACGUCACGCCGGAGAAGGUCAGCGCCAGCAACCGUUUGAUCUCGGCUUUACAGAACCUGUACGAGCGAGGCCUUCUUUCUCGCUUCGUCAUCGACGAGGCUCACUGUGUUAGUCAUUGGGGCCAUGACUUCCGUCCAGACUACAAGAGGCUGAAAGAACUUCGUCAGAAGUUCCCAAAAGUGCCCAUGAUGGCCCUGACCGCUACGGCUACCCCCCGCGUGCAGACAGAUAUUUUGCACCAGCUUAACAUGACACGCCCUCAAGUCUUCACCAUGAGCUUUAACCGAGCUAACCUGAAGUACGCCGUACUGCCCAAGAAACCUAAAAAGGUGGACGAGGAUUGCAUCACCUGGAUCAAAAAGCACUACCCACGCGAUUCAGGCAUAGUGUACUGUCUUUCCCGAAAUGACUGCGACAAUAUGGCCGAAAGCCUGCAACGAGCCGGACUGUGUGCGCUGUCUUAUCACGCGGGCUUGAGUGACAAUGACCGAGAAUACGUGCAGUCCAAGUGGAUCAACCAGGACGGCUGCCAGGUCAUUUGCGCCACCAUUGCUUUCGGCAUGGGCAUCGACAAGCCUGACGUGCGCUACGUGAUCCACGCCAGUCUGCCUAAAUCAGUGGAAGGCUACUACCAGGAGUCCGGGAGGGCCGGCAGGGACGGGGAGAUCUCUCACUGCAUUCUGUUUUACAGUUACACCGAUGUGCACCGCAUCAAAAGGAUCAUCAGCAUGGAUCGAGAGGGUGACAAAAACACAAAGGCAACUCACUUUAACAACCUGCAGAGCAUGGUUCAGUUCUGUGAGAACAUGAUGGAAUGCAGGAGAAUUCAGCUGCUGGCAUACUUUGGAGAGAUGAAGUUUAACAGGAGCUUCUGUAAAGAGAACCCUGACGCCAUCUGUGACAACUGUAGCCGGCCAAAUCAAUACAAGAUGAAGAAUGUCACUGAAGAAGUGAAGCAGAUCGUAAGGUUCGUGCAGGAGAACUGCGAGAAGGUCGGAGCCAGGGUUGGCAGGACCGCUAAACAGACUCGCCUGACACUCAACAUGCUGGUGGAUAUUUUCAUUGGUUCUAAAACUGCCAAAAUCCAGACUGGCAUGUUUGGGAUGGGAGGGGCAUAUUCCAAGCACAACGCAGACCGCCUGUUCAAAAAACUGGUGCUGGAAAACAUUCUGAUGGAAGACCUUUACAUUACCAACGGCGGCCAAGCUGUUUCUUACAUCUCUGCGGGACCAAAAGCUCUCAGCGUCCUAUCUGGACAAAUGCAGUUGGACUUCUAUGAGACUGAGAGUGCCUCUAGCUUCAGGAAGAACAAAUCUGCGGUGACAAAGAAGGUCUCGCAAAGGGAUCAGAAGGUUCAGGAGUGUCUGAAGGACCUGGUGGAGCUCUGCAAGCAGCUGGGAAAAACCUUUGGCAUUCACUAUUACAACAUCUUCUCCACUGGCACCUUGAAAAAGUUAUCUGAGAGGUUGUCUUCCGACCCAGAGGUUCUUUUACAAAUCGAUGGUGUGACUGAGGACAAACUGGAGAAGUACGGCGGCGAGGUGAUCCAGGUCUUAGAAAAGUACUCGGAGUGGCAAAAUCCUGUCGAACAACAGGAUGAAGGUGUAGAAGACGGCUGGAUCGACACAACGCGAGGUCGCUUCACUGACGACAACGGGGACGAUGAGUCCUCCACUUAUUUUCGAAGCCAAGGCGCACAGGGGCAGAAGAGGAAGAAAAUGCCCUUCUUCAAAUACAAUAAAAAGAGAAAAGGAUACGCAGGCGCCAGUUCAGCAGGACGAGGCUACAGCAGCAAUAAAUCGUGGUCCUCGAGAGGGGGAGGCAGAGGCGGAAAUCAGUCUGCCGGACGAGGGUCCCGAGGUGCGACGACGGGUGACUCGUCGACAACAAGAACGCCGGGACUCAUGGCGCUGCCGAAGCCUCAAAGUCAGAGACCUUUUCUCAAGCCGUCUUUUUCUCACAUUUAGCGCAGAUUUCAACACAGGACACUACUUUUUUUUUUUAAUUUUUUAAUUUAUGCUGUUCAAAGUGUACAUUUUUUGGAUUAUAUUUUUGUAAUGUUCAAUAAAUUAGACCAAUUUAUCUAGAAUCUAGGUCAUGUCAGCCUCAUCUUUGUCACAGGCCACAUUCUAGUUAAGGUUUUCUUUGGAGGGCAGUAUUCUGCUAACUAGGCUGCCAAAAUGAAUCCAUUAACUAUUUUGAUAGAUACUAUAUUAGAUUCAAGUGAUAGAUAUUUUUUUAGAGACAUUUGACCUAAAAUUUGUCCAAAAAUCUGUUUUUUUUUUUUUAGCCUCUGCAUGACAAGUAUGUCAUAUAUUUUUCAUUUUCCUUUGCACUUUUUCAGUUUUAAAAAACUUAAAUAUUUACUCAACCAAAAAAGGAAGUGGUAAAUGGUUUGUUUGUUUUUACUUUAAUUUUUUUUCAUUUUUUAAAAAUUUAAAUUAGGGAUGUCCCGAUCCAGGUUUUUGCACUUCCGAUCCGAUACCGAUAUUGUUUUGCACUUCCGAUCCGAUACCGAUACUGGCCGAUACAGAUACCGAACUAUCUGAGCAUGUGUUAAAGUUAUUUAGCCUCCUUACUUAGUUCUCAGACUCAUGUUGAAAAAGGUUUUAGUACCCUUGAUAACAACUAGCCAGCUGAAUUAGGUGAGUUUGAAUAACACCCAACGGUUGGUAACAAGAAACUCAUAGGCUACGUUCAUACUACAGGUCUUAAUGCACGAAUCCGAUUUUUUCGUGUUUUUCCUACUCGAGUGAGGCAUUAACUUGACGGUCUGAACGUGACAAGUCGCAUAGAACGGGACCAUUUCAAAUCCGAUCUGGGUCACUUUCGUAUGUGGUCUAAAUCCGAUCUGGGCCACAUUUUUCCAGACUGUCGCGGCGGUCUGUACUGUCCAGUCCCGCAAAUCGGAUUUCAUGCAGCAAUUACGUCAUCAAAUAGCGAGAGAGUCGUUACCGUAGCGCUGCACCUGUGCGUUAUUAGCGCCUAGGUUGCAGUGAACACAGCUUUCGGGGAAGGGCUGGGCUUCACAACAGUCAUAAAAAAUAAAAAUGGGUUGAGGAUAAGCCUGAGAAUGCUCAGUUUUCUCUCUGCUCCAAGUGAGCAAUAUUUCAACAUCGCCUACACGGCCGAGGUCGGGGCAAACUGCCCGUUAUGUGUGUGUGACGUGCACGGACCGUGCGUGCAUGCUAUCGAUCCAUAUAAACUUUGAAUAUAAGCCUAAACGGGGAUUAUUUAUGUCUGUUAUUUGUGUCCUCCUUUUGAAAAGCAAAAUAUGAUAUCCCUGGAAUGACGGAUGACGUUUGUCAUUUGUUUUGAUGCUUCUGCGCAUGCGGGUUGUCUUGCUCAGUGCGUGUCAGACCGCGAAUUAGUGCGCAUGCGUAAUACUUGAACGGUCUCAAUGGAUAAAGGCAGUCUGAACGGGCACGCCAAAAAAACGGAUAUGACAAAAAAUCGGAUUCGUGCAUUAAGACCUGUAGUAUGAACGUAGCCAUAUUGUUUGUGGUGCUAUUUCGCUAAAUGCUUGAUUAGGUUGGUUGCAUUAAAACUUCUUACAGCUUUACCACUACGCUUGACUGUUGCUCUCUGCCUCUUCGUCUUUGUCGUCCUUUAAGGUGAAAUGAUCCCACACAGCUGUCAUUUUUACCGAUAAAGUCUCUCGGUAAAUUGGGAGACGGUAAUGUAAAUGUAGUGUGUUGAAGGUGUGCCGUAAAAUGCGGACUGGAUUUUAGGGAAACCGAAGCAAAAACUGGAAUGGGUUAUGUAAAUCGGUGCGCUGGAAAACCCGGACCGGACUUUGGAAAAAAAAAAAAACUGGAUCGGAAGUCUGGAUCGGAAUUUUUCCCGUGUUCCGAUCAGAUACCGAUGCGCAUUUUUUUGCCCAUAUCUGCGACCGAUCCGAUCCAAAUAUCGGAUCGGGACAUCUCUAAUUAAAAUAAAGUGGUCAAUAUAUAUUAAAAUUUGUUUAUUAAAAAAAAACAUUUGAAAAACAUUUUCCAUCUUUAAAUUUCAAAAAUUAUUAAAAAAUGUUGACUGCUCUUUUUGGGCAUCUGAGCAACAAAUACUUCAUUUUUGCAUUUUUUUUGUAUAAUACAAUUAAUCUGAGAAACGGUCGAUACUUGAAAAUAAACAUGAGGUUAAAAAAAAGGCAAGUGUUA